AUGAACAACCUUCGACCAUGGAUCCCUACCUACAUUAGAGGCAUCCAAGUCGUCCCCAUGCACGCUGCUGGCAAUAAGGACAACGAGCGUCGCCCCACCACUGGCGCCAGCAUUGGUGACAGCCUCCAGUACCAACUGCAGCAGUCUCCGCAGAUUCAUCACGCUCAGCAACAGUAUGAGCCUGUUGUUCCGAAUGGCCAGUAUCGCGAGGAUGAGCCAUACCCCACCGACAUCUAUCCUUUCGUCGAGUCCGCCGAGCUGCUCAACGACUUCACCACAGACCGGGCAUGCAGCAGCUCGAGUCCGAUGCGCGCCAGCCCUACUUUCUUGACAGUGCUUCUGCUUCGACUUCAACUGCACGUACGACCAUCUCGCCUCAGCAGCAACGUCGUGACAUCUCUGUUCAGGAGAUGUCACCUCUUUCUCAUGAUGUCACUACCACGCGUCCCGUCAUACAGCCCAGUCAUGCUGCCACCAUUUUCCUCGAGAUCACUGCAGGGCAGAAAGGUCGUCAACCGUCAAAACUGCGUCAUUAAGGUCUCUAGGAGGACUCGCCAAAAUAGCUUGAGGCUCAAAAACACCACCUUCUCGAGUGCGAGCAAGUGCGAGCAAGUGUGUGAAGACGGGAACGAACUUGUGUUCACUCCCGGUCAGAGCUUUGCGACUUUCCAGGGCAACAGCAGUGCUGCUUCUAGCACCUUCCGCACUCCUUCAAAGGCCAGUGUCUUGAAGCUGCUCAACAUCGGUCCUACUCCUGAUGGAGCAUCGAACAAGGCUUCGUCCUUGUCACCAGUCAAGAUCCUUGGCUCUGGCUUAUCCUCUCCAUCGCGUCAGCCUGUGCUUAGAGAUGGUCCUCCUUUCAGCACCGAGGUUGUUCCCAAUGUUACCGAGACUUGCUUCGUGCGUUUCGGUAUGAUUCCUGCCGAAUGCAUUCUCAUUGCAGAAGGUGUUGAGGAGAUCUUUGAAAGUGCUCUUUUUGUAGACACUUUUGGCUUCAUCUACCUUCCCGGGGACUUCCGGCUGGAUGGGAAACAUGAAACAGGGAGUAUAUCUCGCUGA